AUGCUUCCAACCGUGCAACGUCGACCGCCAGCCCUAAGUCCGCCAGCUCCCAUCGUUCACCCCGCAACCCCAUACGACGGCCCUGAAACGCGCCUUCACUCUCUCUUCCACGCUAUUGACAAAUGCCUCGCCCUCAGCGCUAUCCCUGAUGCCCUGCACUCGCUCCUCUGCAGUGCAUUCUUCGACCCCCGUAUCCCCUGUACCUUCCUCAGCGCUGCAUCGCUGGGCAUCACCCACGCCCUCUCCCUACACACCCAGCCGGACCAUCUUACCCUGUUAACCGCCCUGUCAAGAAAAGCCCCGCACCUCGUUCUCCCUUGGGACUCCCUUGUAGUCAACGGUCUCGCCUAUCCGCUGCUCCGAAUUGCGCUGGGUAUGCUUCCAUGCAGCUUAUCACCAGCUCUAGAGAGUAACCUGCCGCCCCUAUGUCUGCUGGCUGCGUUCUGGACAGGCACCCUGCAGUCAUUUUUACAGGUCUCCUAUACUCAGAACCAGAAUCACAGCGAUUCGAUACGUAUUCCCCGCGUCCACGAGUUCUCCAUCGCGUUCUUCUGUAACCCUGACGCUGCAGUACCGUGGUCCCCAGCCCCGCCGUUUGGCUCCUCGAUGAGGACGAAUCUAAGCCUUGCGGUGUCUGCGCAUUGCGCCCACAACCAUCGCCCUCGCUCUUACGCUGUCUUCUGGUCCCUGAAGUCCGGUGAGAAGCAGCAGGCAGGCGAGGUCCUGGAACCACGCUCCCAUCGUGCCCAGAUAGUGGAGUAUCCCCGAUGUGCAUAUAGUCCGACUACCGAAGAAACGAAAGAACCGCUCCGACAACCAGACAUGCAGAAUCAAUCGUGGGCGGCGACGUCCCGUCUCUUUAACUGGCAUCGGGCCUACGACGGUGGACUUUGGUUGGAGGACGGGAGGAUGGAUAUGGAGGAGAUCCGGAAACUACAGGCCCAUUCGUGGAUCAAGGAGCCCUGGAGCGAUGAUGAGAAUGAGCCCGUUGCGGAGGAAGAAGAAGAAGAAGAAGAAGAAGAAUCCCGUCCCGGGAUAGAUCGCGCCGGGGUAUCGGAGUGGAUCGAAAGCCUCAAAGAACAAACUGCCAAAACAAUAGAAAUUUCGCUAGAAGGAUCAUGCGCAUGA